AUUAUAAACGCAUUUAGUGGCGGCGGCAGUCUUGUUAAAGACCGAGACGAACAACCCCCUGCACAUUAUUGUGUGAUUUUGGUUGAUUGUGUUCAUGGAAUCGUGUGGAAAUACUAUGGAGAAAGACCACGUGAUCGACACGUUAAAAGCCGAAACGAUGGCUUUGAAGGCUGAACUACGUCGACAGAGCGACGUGAUUCACCAAGUCAAGGGUAUGAACCAUCAAUUGCAACGCAAACUCAAGCAGCGGGAAAACGACUUUGAAGAUGUGGUGGUGGCGUUUUGGGAUCACACCAAGAGGAGAGAUGUGAAGCACCACAUUUUGCGCACGCUGCUCGUCCAGAAGAAACAUGCUCAAGACGUGGCUGAAUGCUUAAAGCACGAGCUGGACACGAUCAAGUUUCACUGCAAGUCGCUGCGCCUACAAGAGUUGCAAAGCGAAUGCCAUGAGCAGGGAAUAGAAAUCUCCGUCUUGCGGGAGCAAGUGGCCACCCUUUCGGCGACACAGUAUGAUCGAUAUCCAGAAUAACUAACAGCAGCAGCAUCCUUUCAAUACUAGUCGAACGAUAGAUGGUUCGACUUGUAUAUAUUGCCAUCAACGAGCAUAUGUUAGCAUAUUUUACACCUGCG